GUUCCUACUGCCGCAGCUACAAUGCAUUUCAAAGCUCUCCUUGCCAGCGCCGCGCUCCUCGCCGGCACCGCCACGGCCAUCGACGUGCACUUGCACUACCACCGCUGCACCGAGGAUUCCUCGUCUUGGUGCACCAAUCUUGAGCCAAACACGUGCUGCCAAUCCCUUGUCGGCGCCGGCUACGGCUCAGCUAGCUUCCGCGCCAUCCCUUCGAACUGGGAACUCGAGCUGCGGCUGCAUCAGGGCGAGAGGAAAUGCGAGAAUGUCCUCAUCUCAGGCCGUUCCUGGGGCCAGACAUAUGUCUGCCUCCCGGCGCCGGGCAGCUUCCAUGGGGCAGGGUACGGCUUCUUCGGCAAGAAGGCGCGCGGUGAAGAGCACGAAGUGCAGUCCGAGGCCUGCCAGCGUGUGGACAAGCUCCGGCUUGCGGAUGGGACAAUCUAUACCCUCGAAGACCUGGACGACGCACAAUUCACUGAAAUAAACCAAUUUGCCGCGGCCGGCGGCAAUAGCACCGACCUUCCGGAACACUUCUCAAAGUACCGCGUCUGAAUACAUCGGCAGUUCCUAUAGGACCGAUCUAUCGGGAAUCUUAAGAGCAGACCAGGAACGAUUAUACUAUACAAGUGUUAUUCAGGGUAGGGCAAUGUCGACGAAGGCAGGAUGAUACGCCAGGGGAUGACAUUCCGUGUAUAUAUUAGACUGAAAUAUACACACCGUAACCUGGUCAAUUUUGAAAUAGCACUCUAG